UCACUGGCUUAUUUACUGAAAAACUGUACAAUAAUUUAUCAGGAGAAUCCCUCGGCUGAUGUUUCUUUGGACUGCACCAACAGGAACCUAGUGAGCGUCCCUGAUGACCUCCCCAAAGAUGCUGUUUCAACAAAACUUAACAACAAUUUGCUUAAAAAAAUUUACAAGAAGGAUUUUUGUGGCAUGUCAACGCUGAGAAAUCUGAAUCUAUCCGACAAUAAAAUCGAGUUUGUGGACAAUGAAGCUUUUAUCAGUUUGGACUCGUUGAAAACACUUGACAUGAAAUUUAAUAAACUCCCCAAGUUGACCAGCCACAUGUUUCAGGGCCUGUCCAACCUCACCAUGCUCGACCUUAGUGCAAACCCAAUUGAGUUCAUUCAUUUUUCAACUUUCCGGGUCUUAGAUCUGAGUAACAACAUGCUGCUGACAUUUAAAGACACCUUCAAAAUGACAAUGACAAACCUUGAGGUCUUGGAUAUAAGCCAAAACUCCAUGAGAGAUUUUGAUAAUAAGGAUUUUCAAGGUUUGAAGUCCCUGAAAAUUUUAAAUUUGGCUUCAAAUAUUGUUGAAAACAUCAAACAAAACACAUUUCAUGGACUAAACAGCCUGGAAGUUCUUACUGCUUCAUUUUUACUAAAUGACGUAAAUAAUUUAUUCAUAGUAAACCAACUUAAGAAUCUUUCGAUCUAUUUAACCAAUUGUUACACUUCCAAAUUUCAUCAUUUAGAUAGCUAUGAAGGCUUUCCUGUUUUCAAAUCCUUGAAAAAUCUCACAGUGGCUUGCAGCAGCCAUGGAUAUCCUUAUUAUUUACCCACUGGUGUUCUAGAUGCUAUGAGACAUUUGGAAAAUUUCAGAGCUAUAAAUGUCUACAUUAAUCCUCCAGAUGUGGACAUGUUUUCAAAAAGCCCCCAGCUCAAGAGUUUGGCAUUAUUAACAACAGAUUUAUCUGACAUGGAUUCUAAAUUCUUUCUACCGAUCUCUAACCUGCAAACUCUGGAUCUUUCUGAGUCGAAGCUCAAGUCUUUGGAUUUUCUGGCACAAACCAACCUCACUGCUCUCCGAUAUCUAAAAAUAACUGACAGUGAGAUCAAUGUGGUUAAUGAGACCGUCUUUAAUUCUCUCCCCUCCCUGACAUACCUGGACCUGAGCAACAACCCGUUCACCUGUGAAUGCUCCAAUGCAGGUUUUAUCCAGUGGGUGUUGGAUAACAAG